UCUAGGUUAGGUUUAUUGUCAAAAAAGAAAAAAGGAACAAUUAUGCCAACUUCAUUCAAAUAUGAAUGAUCAUCGUGCAGAAUUAGACACAAAUAUUUUAAAUUUUGUUUCUGACAUGGAAAAUGAAAGAGAAAAGGUGUCAUCAGACAGCGAAGAGAGCCAUAUUAGUGAUAAAGAAAACUCCCUACAAAGAUUAUGGAAUCAUUUUCAAAUGGCUGCUAUUGCAGUUUCACAACUUUAUAAAUCAUGUGAAAAUAUAAACCCUAGUGUUGAACAAGAAGAAUUGUGGAUUCCAUUUCAAAAUGCAUCUCUUGCUAUCACCUCAUUGUAUAAAGAAGCUGUUGAAUCUCAGCAAAAAAGAUUUGAAAUUGCCUUCAAUUUAGGCCAAAGAAAAAGAACCAAAGAAAUUAAAGCUUGGUUAUCUUCUGUUCACUCAAAGUCAUCACAGAUUAAAAGAAACAAUAAUAAUUAUUUUAAUUAUACCUCAGGCAAUAAUAAACGAAUUAAAAGGGACGAGAUGGUAGCAUUUUUAGAAUACUUAGAUGCCAAAUCAGGGUUUUACCAUAAAUGCAAAUCAUUAUCACCUCGGAACUACCUGUCUUCUCCUAGAAACCGUGGCUUUUCAUCAUCGCCCUCACCUUCACCAAAUAAUCUAAGACACCGGGUAGAUCACGCUAACCACAUGAUCAAUCAGGUCCAAUCAGAAGAGAGGAUCGAAUCUUCCCGCCGAGGCAGGGAACAGAUAAACGAGGAAUUGGACGUUAAUAACUUUGUUCAAGCUCUCAACAUGAAUGGAUCCCCUAAUAGCGAUUCACGCACUCAUUUCUUCGCUCCGGACCUUCUGGUUCCAUCUAAUCCGAACCUGUCCUUAGAUUCUCGCAAAAGACUUUUCUCCGCCAAUUAUUCCAAACAGCUGUUCAUCAAAAGGCACAAGCAAAUCUAACACGUUUUAAAAAUAUUAUUUCGCGCAUGCGUUAAACUCCCCCCUUCUUCAUAAUAAAAAAAAUGAAAUAAUGGUUUUUUUUAAAUAAAAAAUAUUAAUUUAUAUUUUAAUUACUACUUUCUCCUACUUCUUUUUUUUAAAUUUCAAAUUACUUAUAAUUUAAUUUACAAAGGCUUAAAUUUCGAACUUUGUUUAUUUAUUUUGUAAUUAUUUCAAAGCAGACGACUUUUUUUUUAAAAAAAGGUUGCCAUAACAUUUCCGUUAGUUGAUUAUUAGCAAAUUGAUAUUAAUUAUUUUGUACCUCAGCAUUAGCUUCACUAUAAAUCCCUGUCCUCAUUCCUUUCCAGAUAAGAUUUUGUAAGGUGGCAUUUAUUCUUAUUUUAAUAUACUAAAAUUUUAUUACUUAUAUUUAAUAGGAUUUCGAAUAUUUUUUUUAAUUUAGCAAAAUUUUUUUAAAAGCAAAACAUUAUUUAAAAACCUCCCAUUAGCCUCAUUAUAAUCGUAUACUAUUUUAGUAACGACUUCUAUAGUAACAUAUUAUUUUUUUGUUAUAUAUAUAUAUAUAUAUAAAACUAUAGACUGGUUCAUUAUAGCCCACCAGUUUUCUUUUUUAACUAAUCCCCCCCCCCAUCUCUACCGCAAUUUACAGCCAACCUCGAAAGGUCCUCUUAAAGAUUAUAAUAAUUAUCAUUACAUAAUUAUGUUUAUUUUAAAUCUUCCAAUUAUAUUAUUCGAAAUGUUUAUAAUAAAGUUUUGAAAAAUCCUCCAUAAU